AUGCGGAUACCACAGUCGUAUAUCCAGAAAUGCAAGGUCGUAGCACACUGUUUCCAGGCUGUAUUCGUCUUUGUCGCAGCAUGCUUGACCAUAGCCGUCAUGACCAAAGAUGGAGACAUCGGAGGAGCUACUAGAUACUUUUUCGUAAUGUGCUUCCUUUCCAUACCAGCCAUUAUUUACCUCACAAUGGUUCCCAUGUGGUCCCGCGCCCAAAAGUUUGCCUCGGCCUAUGCCUUCCUCGCCGUCGACGUCCUGUAUACAAUUCUCUGGUUUGCCGCCUUUGUUUCAGUCGCAAUGUGGAACUCCGAGGGCAUCAAGGAAGGCGCCGCAAAGGCCAAGAUCCCAGAUGACAAGCGCAACUGCACAACGUUCAUCUACGGUGACGAGGCAAAGUGCAAGGUCAGCAAGGCAGCUGUCGGCGUAGGUGUCAUGGUCUUCCUCUUCUUCGCCCUUACCACUGGCAUCUCCGCCUACUACCUGCACAAGUUCCUCCGCGAAGGUGAAAUGCCCUACCAAUCCUCAUCCUCAAACCCGCACUACGCCUCAGGCGACUCCGCCUACAACAACCCCAAAGACGCCGCCUGGUCCACCGAAAUCGAAACCGCCCACGGCCGCAACUCCUCCGACUCGCUCGACCAGCGCACCGAACACGGCGGCAACCAGCAAGAAGACGAAUACGCCCUGCUCCACUCCACCGAAACAGACGAAGGACGCCAUCCCGGUCGCCCACUUAGCUGGGGCGCCGGACGAACUGCGCCCCCAUAUGCGGAUUAUAGCACCCACAGCAGAGGUCCCAGUGUUGUUGCUGGCGCCGAUGCACUUAGCCCGAGUGGGUAUGAAGAGUACAGGAGCCAGACUGCGCCGGGUCUCGCGCCAUUCACGGGCCUCAGUGGAAUAGAUAGACAGCCUAGUCAUACGGGGAGCGGGUAUAGUUUCAGCGGCGGUCCGGAACGGGUGUAA